AUGCUUAUUGAUGGAAAGCCCAUUUGGAGGACUUCUGAUACGCUGAAGCAUCACGUUUUCGAGGGAGGGACCUUUCAAGGCGCAGAGAUCUUCGACUGUGAAGAGGCUGCGGCUAGCUGUAGCAGAAGCUUUGUGGAUUGGUCAGCCACGUCCCCAAUCCAUCGGCGUGCUCUAUUUCUCCGACUAGCAGAGAACCUGACCAAGCGCCAAGAUGAAGCCAAAGCCAUAAUCAAGUCAGAUAUUCACUGCUCGGAUGAUUGGGCCACAAUCAACAUCAAUGACAGUAUCAGACAUAUCGAAGAGUGUGCGUACCUACUGACGUCAAAGACUUUGAAUGGUACGAUUCCUUACACCGACUCGGAAGGAUCAUACGGUCUCGUUUUCACUCGCCCUCUUGGUGUUGUCUUAGGCAUUGCUCCAUGGAACGCCCCUCUAUUUCUAGGGUUCCGAGCAGUCAUUGCUCCUGUAGCUAUGGGUAAUACGGUUAUUCUCAAGGGCUCCGAGCUAAGCCCUCGCACCCAUCACUUCAUAGCCGAGAUUUUUGGACAAGCUGGCUUUCCUCCGGGAGUUGUCAACUUAAUCCUCCACCGACCGCAAGACGCACCUGAUAUUGUUAGACAACUUAUCCGACAUAAUGCAGUUCGGAAAGUCAACUUCACAGGCUCAACUGAAGUGGGGCGGAGUAUUGCUCAACAAGCUGGUCAGGCUCUCAAGCCGGUCCUUCUCGAGUUGGGUGGCAAAAACUGUUCGAUCGUUCUAAGAAACAGCGACUUAGCCCAAGCUUCAGAAGCUGUGCUCACCGGUGCAACUCUCAACAUCUGUAUGUCAACGGAUUUGGUACUUGUUGACGAGAGUGUUAUGGAUGAUUUUAGAAUCAAGAUCACCAAGAAUCUUGCCAACAGAUCUGGGAUGAAAUUUCGACUCAUCGGCUCAAAGACCCCAUCAAGAAUUCGGGCUCUCAUCUCUGACGCUACAGCUAAAGGGUCAUCCGUACAGUUCUCAUCUGACCUUGAUGCAGAGACCAAUUCACCGCUCAUUCCUAUUACUGUAUUUGACAGCGUCAAUGAUUCAAUGGCGUACUUCAGGACAGAGUCCUUUGGGCCUUGUAUAGGUAUCGUAUCUAUUUCCGAUGAGGCAGAUGCAGUCAGGAUUGUGAACGACAGUGGUUACGGGCUGUCGGCUUCUAUUUGGACCAGAGACCACUACAGAGCAUUGAACCUAGCCCGCAAACUCCAAGUCGGCGCUGUUCACAUCAACUCACUUACUGUUCAUGAUGAGCCGACAUUGCCACAUGGGGGCACAGGUUCAAGUGGGUUCGGAAGGUUUGGGGCGGAAUGGGGCCUUGAGGAAUUUUGUGAGACGCAGACCGUUAUCCUAAACCGCUAG